UUUGUUUACUUAUUCGUUUAUGAUAAUUGGAAGUGAGUCAGACGUUGUACUCCCUAAUGGGAAAAGCGAGCGUCCUCAUUCAAACUACAUUUCCCAUGAGCGACCGCGUUUCCCAGCCUCCUUUGCUCCAUUCAAGCGUCUCUCUCUCACUCGGAAACUAGAAGAAGGUCGCAGUGAGCAGCCUAUUAUCAAAAUCAACACCUCACCAUGUUGGGACAAGCUGUAAGGCGAUUCACCACUUCUGCUGUUCGUUCUUCACAUUAUGCUGAAGGACCAGGAAAGAACCUGCCAUUUUCCGUGGACAACAAGUGGCGUUUGCUGGGCAUGAUGUUGGUGUUCUUUGGCAGUGGCUUUGCAUUCCCGUUUGUUGUGGUCAGACAUCAGAUCCUGAAGAAGUAAAAUGACUUCUGAGGCUAUCAGCAGAAACAUGUUUCACCAUCAGACUUCUACAUGUGCAGAGCACUGGGACUCUUAAGUCUUUGUAAAUAAAAUGCCCCUAAAUAUGAA